AUGGGCAACCAAUCCAUUGUGAAAGAAUUCCUUUUAAUGGGAUUUGCAGAUGACCAUGAAACACAAAUUUUGCAUUUAGUUAUUUUUCUGUUUGUUUAUUUAACAGCUGCAGUGGGAAAUCUUCUGAUCAUCAUGGCUGUCACCCUAGACCGUUAUCUUUACAAUCCCAUGUAUUUCUUUUUGGUUCACCUGUCAUUUUUAGAUCUCUGCUUUAUUUCUACUACAGUUCCUAAAUCCAUAGCCAUUUCAAUUACAAAAAACAGAGUAGUAACAUUUGCUGGAUGUGCUGCACAGCUAUUUUUAAUUGUUACUUAUACUAGCGGUGAGCUUUUUUUGCUCACUGCCAUGGCCUAUGACCGUUAUGUAGCCAUCUGCCACCCUCUGCAAUACAGUAUGAUCAUGAACUGGAAUGCCUGCAUUCAAAUGGCAUCUGCUGCCUGGAUCAGCAGCCUGAUUCAUGCAGUAUUAGAAACCAGUCUAACUUUCAGAGGGAACUUUUGUGGAUCCAAUAAAAUUAGACAAUUUUUCUGUGAUAUGCCUCUGUUGCAAAAAAUGUCUUGCACUGAUUCAAAUGUUCAUACAUUUCUCAUUGUUAUUCUUGGAGUCAUUAUAGUUACAUUUUGCAUUGGAGUUCUGUUUGCUUCUUAUGGAUAUAUCUUUUCAACUGUGCUGAAGAUAACAUCAGUUCACGCAAGAAUCAAAACUUUUUCAACCUGCACUCCUCAUCUGACUGUGUUUUCCUUAUUUGUUAUCACUGCUGUAUUUUCAUAUAUGAUUCCAAAAAACCUUUCUACUCCAAUUGUGGAUGUGGUUGCUGCAUGCCUGUAUACACUUUUGCCACCAGUUCUAAAUCCCAUCAUUUACAGUUUAAGGAAUAAGGAUAUACAAAAAUCUGUGUGGAAAAUAUCCACCAGAUUAAAGCAUCUCCUACGGUGAUUGCAAACAUUCUUAUAAGAGUUGUGCAAGGAACUUAUAAUUGCAUAAGAAUAUCAGGGCCAAUUGGAUACUGUGUGGAAACUAGAAAUUUGAAAUGGUUGUAUUUGUUGAUAGACCAUUUUUCCAGAGUCCAAUAUGUAAAAUAUUGGCCAGUUCCUCUGCCUGUCUUCUUAUUCCACCCCCCACACUUCACAACCCACUUUUUCUAUAUCCUUUUUAGAAUUGGAAAUUUAAAAAUAAAGCAAUUUGAAGUU